GCAGCAUUCCGCAUUCCAGAGUCUACUAGCGCUCAGCUUGCCGUCUCAUCGUCCAUCUUCCAACCGUCCAUCCCAUCGUCAAGCUUUCCGCAUAUCUUCUGGCCCCGGCCAACUGCUCCCUCCACCCCCACGCCCCCCAGCCGGUCAACCGCAUAUCUCGAGGUUGCUUUACUGACCCAGAAUCGCUUCUCUCCGGUUAGCCUUUACCGGUUCGCACCAAUUAGCGUGUCGCGCCGCGGAGCUUCAGUUCCAGUUCCAUAAUUUUUCCUUUGCUAUCUGCAGCUGCAGCAUCCUGCAGCAUCAAACCAACUCAUACUAGUGAAACUGCCUAGGCCUUACCGGCACUGGUUGCUUGGUUAUUAUUAGCCGUGGCCUUGUUUGGCUACAGAUGUCUGCCUUGAUUGGUAAGGGGCGCAAGCCCAAGUUUGAACUUCAUCUCAAGAUUUAUGAUUUGAACAAUGUACCUCUCGUUUCUGGAACAUCUUUUAUCAAAUGGCAUCUCACCCACUCUAUGCAUGCCGAGCAUCGCGGCCGCACCCCAAAAGCUGCCAUUGCCAAUCAUCGAGUGGAGUAUAACUUCCAGAAGGUGAUAACAGGCGUGCGGAUGUCCGUCGACAAAAACAACAGUCUCAAUGAGUGCCAACUGGAGCUUGAGAUCGUCCAAGAGUUUGCGCUUACGGAGAAGAUCACCCUUGGUUACAUCAAGAUUAACCUCGCGGAGUUUGUCGAGGAGAGCGAAAACUUUCUGAGGGAUCCUUCAUCACCAGUGUCAUCGAGAAGGCGAACCAACAGCGCUGGACUGAGUCCUACGAGUGCCAAGGAACUGAAAUUGUCUGAUGAGAUUCAGAGAGAGGUUCAGGAUGGUAUCAUGCGCAGAUAUCUCAUGCAAGAGAGCAAAGUCAACAGCACUCUCAAAAUCAGUAUUCUGCUCAUCCAGGUCGAUGGCGAACGCAACUUCAUUGCGCCGCCGCUCAAGACGGCCCCAGUCUUUGGAGGCAUUGUAGGGUUCAUGGCGCCGGAACAAGUUGAAGAUGAAAUCUUGGGACCUCUACCGACCUUAUCUAAAAAUCGGGACGUUGCCGAGGUUCAAGAUCUAUACCGUCGGGCCCUCGCAGCAUCAUGGACUCGCCAGCCCUCGGAGCUCCCUACUGAUGAAUGUAUUGAGGAUAUCUUCGCUGGCGGCAACGGCUGGAGGACCAAGCAUAGAAGCGCCACCAGCCCUGACUCUGAAGACGAUUACUAUGAUGAGGACGUCGAGAAUAAUGGCACCCUUCGACCUAAUGAAUAUCGCCGCAUGGCUAUGAACCAUCGCCGCAACCACUCAAAUUCCUCAUCCCAUUUUCGCCCUGGCAGCUCCUAUCAACACCAAAGCCCACACUCUCAUCAUCGCCGUACCCUUUCUGGCUCGAGCGACAAGAGCGUUUCGACCGUCACGGUGGGAGGGAACCGCACUCCGCUUAAGAAGGGCGUUCGUAUUCUCCGCGAUGACAGCCGCGAAGAUGACUUAAUGAGCUCUAAGAGCGUGGUCAGUCUGAUGAGCCUGGCGCCCACGAUGGGGAGCAGCGAACGCGAAAGAGAACACAUGAAGCGCACAAAGGAAAUUGGAGAAUCUGAUGUGAGAGAUGAUUUAGUUGCUUGGAGUUUACCUGGGAGCGUAGCGGUAUAGAUGAUUGCGGUUUUUCUCUUUUCUUUUUUACGCAGCGAAUCUUGGAAGAAGGAUAAUCCUCCUCUCUCCAAUUCCCAUCUUUGUAUUUGGUUUCGGCUAUCUCGUUGAGCCAUCUCCGGCUCUGCAGGUUCGGUGUUACGGAGGUUGGCAAUAGUUGGUUUUCUAAUGCUCUCUCACUGUCUACAUACAUCAAAUUUAUACAUAUAAUACUGAGUCUUGUAUCGCGAUUUGCACAUCAUUUUCUCUGUAUUGGAAUGCCAA